CUUAGGUACACCGGAAUUCAUGGCACCAGAACUCUAUGACGAGGAAUAUAAUGAGCUUGUAGACAUCUAUGCUUUUGGGAUGUGUUUACUGGAGCUUGUUACAUUUGAGUACCCAUAUUGUGAAUGUUCAAAUGCAGCACAGAUAUAUAGAAAAGUAUCUGAUGGUGAAAAGCCAGGUUCACUGGCUAAGAUUGGUGAUCCUGAAGUAAAAUUAUUUAUAGAGAAAUGCAUUGCUAAAGUCACUAAAAGACUUUCGGCAAAUGAACUCUUAAUGGAUCCUUUUCUCCUAGAUGUUAGUGAUGAAAAAAUAUUCUAUCCAGUGCAUCCGAAUAUUAAUACAACAGAUACUGGUAGUCCAAAACCAAGCUCUAGUUUCAGAUAUGACGGAGUAGCAUCAUCUGCCGGUCGCCAUGAUCGCUCAGGUAGCAUGUUAGAUUCACAUCCUUCUGAUAACUAUGUCAUGCCCAAAACAUCCACUUCCCCUUUGAUAGUGAAGCGGACACUUCAAUCAGUGUUGCAACUGAGAUGGUUGUGCAGCUCGAUCUCACAGAUCAAGAUGUAA